AUGAAUUUGUACUUACUUUUAUUUCUCUUUCACUUUGAUUGCUAUCUGAUUAUCUUGAAUUCCACUAGAUAAGUGAUUAAUGAGUUUUGUGUCAAUCACGAAAGCAAGAAGGAUUUAAUCAUUGUCGUUGAGGAUGUAUUAGAGGAAGAAAUGGAUAUCUAAUGGGAAUUAUUGUACAUCAACUCAGAUCCUGCCAUGACUGUCAAUGGCUGUCUAACUUAACAAUACCAAAAGCGAGCUUAUACUGAUUGGGCUGUUAGAUUGGGUAAUUAAAUUUUGCUGGCAGAACGACAAGAGUUUAAUUUUACUCUUUAAGAACCUCGCAGAUUCUAUAAUUUAAUAGAUCUGCCUAUUUAAAAUGAUAGCAAUAAACUUGUAAUGAAUGGAGCGACAUUUCAAAUUAAUUAGACUAGACUCUAGAUCAAUUCAGAUUAUUUCAUUAGAGUUAUAGCGACUAAAAAUAAAAUUUAGAUAUUCUCUCAACUGUUAUAAAUUCGAAUUAUGCUUUUAAAAGGAGAUCUAAUUCCUAAACAAAUUAUUUCCUUAUAAAAAUUAGUGAAUCCAGAGCAAACCUAAAUUAUUCUAUCUACAGCUGCCACCUAUGACUGGAAGAUCUUCAUCAAAGAUCCCACGAGAUUUGGUCCUAUUUUGUCGACAAUCUCUGAAUAGAAAACCUCCUUUAUAAACAUUUCAUUAACUCCAACUUGGACUGAUAAAUUAUACAUUAUAACAAUCAUUGUUAUUGAUUCAGAUGCCAUUCAAUAUUACUAAACUGAUUGGUUUCAUCAGAUUGGACAACAAUGGGCCUACUAAUCUACGAUUGAUUGCAAUAUCACUGUUCUAUCUGAUAAUAAUCUAACGAAUUGGACAUAGAGAUAUUCUUGCUUAGAAUGGUCCACUGGAGAAUUAAAAGUACUCCUCCCCCAAUACGAUUAUGUGCACUUCCUCUAAAACUCAGAAUGCAAUAAUAAUGGACAAGUGCAAUCAUCCUACCAACCUUUAUAGUAUUGUCUUUGCAAAGAUAAUUAUACGGGAGAUCAAUGCUAAACUUAUAUAGAUGAAGCUUAUUAUAAUUAGACUCAAUCCUAUUUUCAAAUCCUAAUCGACAAUUUUCAAACUCAAACAUUGGAUAACUCCACUUUUCAAAGAAUUCUCUACUUAUUGGUCAAAGAAACAUAAGGAUACGACUAAAUGCUGUUUGAUUUAGUCAACUCUAAAUCUUUCUAUUUUAGCCAGCAAUUGCUUUUAAUUUAUGAUACUCUAGCCAUUAAAUCCAUUAUUAACAAUAAGACUAAUAUAACCAUAGAUAUAUUCAAAUCUGUUUCAAAUAUCAAAAAUUUAUUCGAAAUGACUGGAAUAAUUUCAUACACUAAUUUUAUCUUUUAUAUAUCAACCAUUAAUUAAUUAAAAAAAAUUGAAAAUAACACAUUCUAAUUGGAGUACACCUCAAAUACAUUUGUUGACUAUUCAUCAAAAUGUAUAUUUUUGAGCUCCAGCUUUAUCUUUGCCUAAAUGACACUUUACUCACCUUAACUUAGCUAUUUUAUUGGAUAGAACAUUUAUUCAUAAUACAUGAACUGUUAGGUCUUUUCAAUCAAUACCAACCUUAUUUUAAACAUCAAUACUAACAUCACCAUUGUGACAAACUUUUUGCUUAGUCAAAUUCAAAGGCCGACUCAAUUAAGAUGCAAAUCCAAUUCUACUAUUAAUUUAUGCAGGAUACAUAAAUUAUAUGACUAUUAUGCAGAAGCAAGUUUUGAUGCCUAUUUUGGACCCUACGUAAUUGAAAGAUCCCCUAUUUAAAAAACAUUUGAUUAUCAAACGAUUGUAGAAUCAAUUAAAAAUCCCUCCUUUGAAAUAUUGUUACAUUUCAUGAUUAUAUAAGUUUUAUUUAAUUUUUGA